GUAGCUUAUUAAUAGACAUUUGGUGAAGAUCAGUUGGAUAAUCAUCAACAAGAACAAGCAGAAGGAGCGAAUCUCGAGAGACUGUGAAAAUGCCUUCAACUUGUGAAAUUAUCUGUGAGAUUUUGAUCGCUGUCUUACUCCCUCCAUUGGGUGUUUGUCUUCGCCAUGGUUGCUGCACUAAUCAAUUCCUGAUCUGCUUGCUGCUUACAAUACUAGGAUAUAUUCCUGGUAUCAUUUAUGCUAUCUAUGUCAUUAUCUUUGUUGAUCGUGAGCAGUACUUUGAUGAAGCUAGGCGUCCUUUGUAUGCAAACAAAUACUAGCACGCACAUAUGCUGUGUGUGUUUGUGUUUCUAUGUGUUCAACUCUUUCUUUAUUAUGUAUGUAAUGGACAGACACCACUUGAAUUUUAUUCUUAUCUGUUGUAAUUCUCAUUGAUGUUAAGAACAGUUAUGUGAUCAAAUUAUGAAAAUAAAGUGGUUAGUUGUAUUGUGGAAGAUACUAUUAUUUUUAUUUAUUUAGUUUAUGAUGGCUUGCUUGAUA